CGCUGUUGGGAAGGGAACUGAGGGACGAAGGGGAGGCUGGGCAGGCGCCGUGCUGGCCUUGCUUGCGCUCGCUGCGUGCAAGGCCCGCCUGGUAGCGGAGAGCUCGGCACCCAGGGAAGCCCCUCCGCCAUGCAGGCCCGGCGGUGCCUGCCUGCUGGUGCUGCAGCCGCCGCCUUGCGAGGAUCAAGUAGAACAUAUGGAUUCAACUCAACUAGCUGAUUGUGCAGUAUAUGUCAUGGAUAGGCAUUGGCUUACCUGUUUGUUAAUGCAUGUAUAAGAGAAAAAGGUUCAAACAAGAAACUGGGUGGAUUUCCUGACAAAUGGAGAACUAUUUCCAAGCAGAGGCUUAUAACCUUGAUAAGGUUUUAGAUGAAUUUGAACAGAAUGAAGAUGAGGCUAUUUCGCCUACAUUAUUGGAUACAAAGUGGAAUCAAAUCUUAGAUCCUCCUUCCCAUCGACUUGCUUUUAAUCCAACUCUGGCGAAUGUAAAUGAAUGCACAAUUCCUAAUGAGUGUCCACAGAAAUUAAAAUCUUUCUCCCUUUCUCAUUUAGCCACCACGUCGAUAGGAGGAGGGGGUGGUUAUUCUAAUGGAAAUAAUCUUAAUAUAAGGCAAGAGAGCUCAAACAUGUGGAUUGAUGAUCAGGCAGCAGCAGAUGAUCAACUAGUUAAGAGAAAUGGCAAUCGGAAUGCUGAGUGUAAUGCUGUGGAUGAAGAAGAAAAGAAAUGUGGCAAUAUAGUUUAUUUACCAGAAGAGAAGAAUGUUCUAGUUGUAGCAGUCAUGCAUAACUGUGACAAAAAGACACUGCAAAGUGGCAAUUUGUUGGAUUGUAAAAAUGAGAUCAGUCCCUCCCUAAUGGAUACUGUUAGCUUUACACUGGAUAACGAAACCCAACAGACUGAACAACUCGAUGUUACUGUAAAUGGGUCCACUGAGAAAGAUACAGAUACAGAAAAGGAAGCAGUACAAGCAGACAGGCUGCAUACAGAAGUGGUUUCUUUUAACCAUUGUGUAGCUUCUGCUUCAGAUGGCCUAUUAAGUGGAUAUACUUCUCAGUUAAAAGAGAAUGAUAAUAUCAAUAGAGAUCCUCAGUUAUCAGAAGCUGAAGCUGCAGGGAUGAAUGUAGUUACUUUGCAGAGGCCACUUGGUGCUAGCAUUAAAAUACAAGAAAGCUGUGCAUCAGAUGAAGGUUUUGAUAUCAAUACCGUUGCCCAGAGAACCGAGCUAGAAACUAGAAACUGUUCACCUGAUUCGCGCAAUGGUGGCUUCUUCACAGAAGUUUCUUUAGUAGAGCAAACAGCCAAACAAUUUCAGUCAGGGAUACCCGAACUCUCAGAAACUUGUCAGCUGAAUGUGUUUGGAAGUGGCAAUCACUGUGAACGUUCUGGCAGACAUUCUGCCUCUCGGGACAUUGCUGCUGUUGAAAAUGAAGCUGACAAAUAUGAAAAAAUUCUCAGCACAGUUGAAUCACUCAGCAUGGCAGUGUGUUUAUCUGAAUCUCAGGAGAUAACUAAUGGGGAACUGACGAAACAAAAUGAGAUGAGUAAUAAGCAAACACUUGGGGAGAAUGAAGCACUGUUGCAUACAGCAACGCGUGAAGAAGCAUGUAGUAAUAAUGGAGAUGGUGAUGAUGACACGAUAAAAGCAGGUCUUGACUUAAAGGGGACAUGUACAGAUAAGCUUGAAGAUUCUAGUUCUACUGAUGUCAUGGAUACAUCAGCCUCAAGUGCUCUGCCGAAUGGCUGUGAUUCCUAUGGAAUACAGAACCAAGUUCUUGCUCAUAUUCCAAAGACUUUACCUUCCAAGGAAGACUCUGUGACUGAGGAAAAGGAGUUAGAGGAGAGCAAAUCGGAGUGUUACAGUAAUGUUUAUGAACAAAGAGGAGAUGAGGCCACAGAUAGGAGUGGACUCAUUUUGAACUGCACUGGUGAUCAAAUUAAAAAAAUAUAUUUAUCUGAACCAAGUCAAGCAUCACCCAAACCAGCAGCUAACCUGCAACCCCUCAGUGUUCCUUUCGGUGGUGCCCGUCCCAAACAGCCUACAAAUCUUAAAUUACAAAUUCCAAAGCCAUUAUUGGACCAUUUACAAAAUGAUCUGGUUCCUCCAAACUGUGGAGGUAACAGUAAAAAUAAGAACGAUACAUCUGGAAAAGCAAAAUUAGGUGAAAACUUGACAUCAAAUGUGUUUUCUGAUGAACCGUCAUUGAAUGCCUCUAUCGUUGAUACUGUUGGGGAGCAGACGGAUGAAUACGAAUCUGGAGUUCCUAGUAGUUCGUGCCUUGCAGCAGCCUCGGAUAGUCCAGAUAAUGAUGUUGGAGCAGGCCAGUUUGGAGUUUCUUCAAGAAAGCCAUUUACAACUUUGGGUGAAGUGGCUCCGAUUUGGGUCCCAGAUACUCAAGCACCAAACUGCAUGAAAUGUGAAGCCAGAUUCACAUUCACUAAAAGGCGACACCACUGCAGAGCCUGUGGAAAGGUCUUCUGUGCAGCCUGCUGCAGUCUGAAAUGCAAGCUGCUGUAUAUGGACCGAAAGGAAGCUAGAGUGUGUGUAAUUUGCCAUUCAGUACUAAUGAAUGAUUCCUUUGUUACAGUGCAGCAAGCUGUUCAUCAUUCUUUGCUCUCAGAAGGCUCUGAUCUUAAAUGUGCACAAGCCUGGGAGAACAUGAUGAGUGCCUCAAGCCAGAGUCCUAAUCCUAACAAUCCUGCUGAGUACUGUUCUACCAUUCCUCCCUUGCAGCAAGCCCAGGCUUCUGGAGCUCUGAACUCUCCACCACCUACUGUUAUGGUACCUGUUGGUGUCUUAAAACAUCCAGGUGCAGAAGUGGCUCAGCCUAGAGAACAAAGACGUGUUUGGUUUGCUGAUGGCAUCUUACCCAAUGGAGAAGUUGCUGAUGCAGCCAAAUUAAUGGUGACUGGAACAACCUCCACAGGAGCACUAGCAGUGUCACAUGAUCCAAGCAAGCCCAUGAGCAACAAUACUUCACCAGCAGAGACUGAAAACAUAUUGGCAUUUUCAAGAACUAUAACUCAGGUUGGAAGUCCAGUUGGCAGUGCAAUGAACCUUAUUCCUGAAGAUGGUCUUCCUCCAAUUCUCAUCUCUACUGGUGUAAAAGGAGAUUAUGCUGUAGAAGAAAAACCAUCUCACAUAUCUGUGAUGCAACAGCUAGAAGAUGGUGGUCCUGACCCUCUUGUAUUUGUGUUAAAUGCAAAUUUGCUGUCCAUGGUUAAAAUUGUGAAUUAUGUGAACCGGAAGUGCUGGUGCUUUACUACAAAGGGAAUGCAUGCGGUAGGUCAGUCAGAAAUAGUAAUACUUCUCCAGUGUUUACCUGAUGAGAAGUGUUUGCCCAAGGAUAUCUUCAGUCACUUUGUACAGCUUUAUCGAGAUGCCUUGGCAGGUAAUGUUGUGGGCAACUUAGGACAUUCAUUUUUCAGCCAGAGUUUCCUUAGCAGUAAGGAGCAUGGUGGCUUCCUCUAUGUUAUACCUGCAUAUCAGUCACUGCAGGACUUGGUGCUCCCCACUCCACCAUACUUAUUUGGAAUUCUUAUCCAGAAAUGGGAGACUCCAUGGGCCAAAGUAUUUCCCAUCCGAUUGAUGCUGAGACUUGGAGCUGAAUAUAGGUUGUAUCCGUGCCCACUUUUCAGUGUCAGAUUUCGUAAGCCAUUAUUUGGAGAGACUGGACACACAAUUAUGAAUCUCCUUGCAGAUUUCAGAAAUUACCAAUAUACAUUGCCGGUUGUUCAAGGGUUAGUGGUUGAUAUGGAAGUGAGGAAAACCAGCAUCAAAAUUCCUAGCAACAGAUAUAAUGAGAUGAUGAAAGCCAUGAACAAGUCCAAUGAGCAUGUUCUAGCGGGUGGAGCAUGUUUCAAUGAGAGGGCAGAUUCUCAUCUAGUGUGUGUACAGAACGAUGAUGGGAACUACCAGACGCAGGCCAUCAGUAUUCAUAAUCAACCACGGAAAGUGACUGGAGCCAGCUUCUUUGUGUUCAGUGGAGCUUUAAAAUCUUCUUCAGGCUAUCUUGCAAAGUCCAGUAUUGUAGAAGAUGGUGUCAUGGUCCAGAUAACAGCUGAAAAUAUGGACUCCCUGAGGCAGGCUUUGAGGGAGAUGAAAGACUUUACUAUUGCUUGUGGUAAAAUGGAUGCUGAAGAGCCUCAAGAGCAUGUGCACAUUCAGUGGGUGGAUGAUGACAAAAACUUCAACAAAGGUGUUGUAAGCCCCAUUGAUGGAAAGUCCAUGGAGUCUAUCACAAGUGUGAAGAUAUUCCAUGGUUCGGAAUAUAAAGCAAAUGGGAAGGUCAUUAGGUGGACAGAGGUUUUCUUUCUGGAAAAUGAUGACCAACAUAAUGGCCUAAGUGAUCCAGCAGACCACAGCAGGCUGACUGAGAAUGUGGCUAAGGCUUUUUGCCUGGCCUUGUGCCCUCACCUGAAACUAUUGAAGGAAGAUGGAAUGACAAAGCUGGGUCUGCGUGUUACACUUGAUGCUGAUCAAGUUGGCUACCAGGCUGGGAGCAAUGGCCAGCCACUGCCCUCUCAAUACAUGAAUGACCUGGACAGUGCCUUAGUUCCAGUGAUUCAUGGAGGGGCAUGCCAGCUGAGUGAGGGUCCAGUCAUAAUGGAGCUCAUCUUUUAUAUUCUGGAAAACAUCUCAUAAGGACUUCAUUUUCCAUUCAGACCUGUUCCAGCAGCAGUUAUCUGAAUCAUUUGCACUUUAAAACUGGAAAAUUAAGCUUUGUUAACACUAUUAUGAGGGGUGGGUGGGGUGGGGGUGAGAACAUUCGUUCUAUAAUUUGGAAUUGUCUAUGCAUUUGUCAACAAACAGGAUCAGGGCAGCUUCUAUACUACAAAAUGGCUAUGCUAUAUUUGCAGCUAAUACACUUCUGAUAUGGAUUAGAAACAAGUAAUGGUCAUGUCCUAAGACAAUUGCAGACAUGUAUUCAAUGCUCAACGGGUGCAGAGAUCACUGGGGCAUAAAUAAAAGGAAAAGAAAUGUCAGCAUUUGUAAUGUUUGUGGAUGAACUUGUUAUGAAGAAACAAUCAAGACCUCCAUUCUGACCUCAUACUGCCAUUUGUGGUUAAUUUCUCUGUUUUAAAAAGUUAUCGUUUACAUUAUUUUGACCAGCUUAUUGGUCAAAGUACCUCUGACAUGUUGGGAUAUUCUAUAGAGAUGUACAGAAUGAAAGCAGGGUGAGUGAGGGUACCUUCUAUGUCUGUCCAAGGGAAGCAGAAAUCCCUCUCUAAAAGCAGUAUGUAAAUUAAGCUUGCAGUUUUGUGUGUGUAAAUAGGAUAGUUUUACCUUUUUUACUUGUGAUAAACUGUCCCCUCAGACUGAGGUGGCAAGCAUCUGCCAUCACAAAUCUUUUCUCCUCUGAAUUUUAAAAAACUGUCACAGGCAUGAGAAUUGUUAGCCUUAAAAAGCAAUUGUGAUGUUCCUGUUCUCUUUCCAGUUGGUCCUGCUUUUCCAAAAAAAAUUAAAAAAAGGUAACAUCCUUUCUUGAUUAGUAUGCACUGUACGUACAUGAUCCCUAGCAUUAAGCCUGCACUUAACACUUUAUAGUAGCGGCACCAUGUAAAGCUAGCCUGUGAGAACUAUUAAUAGUCUGGCUGCUGUUGCAUGUUUGGCUUUCACUUCAGGCUGGAAGGCUUGUACUGUGUCUCCCCUGAAAGGCCAUCUGAGAGGAGAGCAGCUUGGGCCCCCUUGCUGCAGCAUCUGAAGCUGGCAACGAGCAAGCAAAAGAAUGUGAAAACACUACGAUUCACAUCUAAUUUUCUUCCCUGGACAACUGAUAACCAAUGGAAAGAGCUGUCCAAAGAAGUGUAGCAGCCAGCUGCUGUCAUUCAAAUUAGCUACUACCAGCGUACAAAGGGAUAAUGGACUAAGCAAGUGGGGUCAGGACCUUGUCGAACAAGUUUGACCUCUUAUGCAGAGAUCUAAAAUUGGAGCAGCAUCUGAUUUGUCCCUUCUCCAUGCAGCAAGCUGGUGAGCUAUUUGGGGGUAAAGGUGGACAGCAGUUGUUACAGGUCUGCGAUUAAGUUAACUCUGUGUUUAAAAAAGCAAAUGUAAAUAGCUAUGAUAGUUUACUUUUCUCUAGAGGUAGUAAAGUAUAGCUCAAGUGUGAGCAAGUUCCUAUUGCUUGCCUAAGCUUAGUAAAAACCUUGUUAACGCAGCUUAUACUAAACUGCAGUUAGACCCUGAGGGAUAAGCCUAGAGUUAGAGCUAGGCUCAAAAUGAAAGAGCAGGAAAAGUUAAUCCCACAUCUGAAUAUAUGUAUUUAAAAUGAAGUCUUACUGAAUUAGUUGUUAAUGGCUGGCCACAUGCUCUGAACACAGUUAAGAGUUCUUAGACGAUGCUGUACCUUGCAAGAACUCAGGUGCUCAAUAUUCCAUCAGGAUAGGGGGCAGGGUGUAGGCAGGACUGACAGAUGACACAGGCACCUGUAAAAUCCUUUGCAGGGACAAUUCUUCUGUUUGCUGUUCUCUGCUUUCCUUGCAUAUAAAAAGUUGCUUUAAACUCCCUUCUGUGACAAAGUCAGCAUUAACUUUUACUUGCAAGAUCUCCACAAUCCAUUUGAAUGAACUGAGCUGCAGUAGAGUCCCAUUUCAAGAGAUGGCAUUCAAAUAUCACCGCAGAAGCUGCUCCCCAACUCCCUUAAUUUAGUCUUAAAGUUACUGUUAGAGUUGCGGGGGGGACCAAGGUUGAACUUUUUCUUCUUUCCACCUGCAGAAAUCAUUUUGUUUGGGUUAUGUUUGUGCAAAAUGCUAUUGACUGAAUGGUUUGCUUCAACCAUAGCCUUUAAAAUGACCUUAAAAUUACCAUAUUAAGAAAUGAGUAUUUGUUUAAAGAAAAAAAUGUACUUUUAAAAUUCAGUUAACACUGCAAAAGACUGCAUUAUAUUUUUAUUUUCAACAUGUAGUUUUGUAUAUUAAAUUUAUUAAAAUUAAAAACUGAA